CGCAGAGUGGCCUCGAAGCGAUCCACGGGGGAGGGGACAGCAGGAAAGGGCCUUCUCCGGGAACGGUCCGUGUCCCCUCAGCCACGUGUAGGAGAGACCGGUGAUCCCGAGCCUGUCCUCCGUAGGACACCUCGUAAUUUCCUUUUCCUUGAAGUAGCCAGCAGGCCUCCUGACUUUGUUAAUCCGUUGAAGUUUCUGCGUAUUUAGGAAUGAGGAGAAGAGCCGCGAGCAGCUCCCCUUGAAAUGACUCAAAAUGUUCACUCAGUGUUCAGAAAAUGGACGAUGAUGAUGACAUUCCCCAGCUUUCAUCCCAUACAUUGGCUGCCCUCCAGGAGUUCUAUUUGGAGCAGCAGCAGAGAGAGGGCAUGAAGACCUCCCAAGGGUUUAAUCAAUAUUCCAUUGGCUCAAUAGAAGAAGACUGGCAACUGAGCCAGUUUUGGUACAGUGAUGAAACUGCAUCAUGCCUGGCUAAGGAAGCAGUUCUGGCAGCUGGAAAAGGUGGCAGGAUAGCAUGUGUUAGUGCACCGAGUGUGUACCAGAAACUGAAAGAACAGGAUGGUGAGGAUUUUUCUGUGUGUAUACUGGAGUAUGACAGAAGGUUUUCUGUGUAUGGAGAAGAGUUUAUCUUCUAUGAUUACAACCACCCUUUGGACUUACCUGAAAAUCUCCUGCCACACAGUUUUGACAUCGUAAUAGCAGAUCCACCCUAUCUGUCUGAGGAAUGUCUUCAAAAGACUACAGAGACCAUCAAAUACCUGACAAAAGGAAAGAUUCUGCUUUGCACAGGUGCAGUCAUGGAGGAACAGGCAGCAAAGCAUCUGGGUGUGAAGAUGUGCAAGUUUAUUCCAAAACACUCGCGAAAUUUAGCCAAUGAAUUUCGAUGCUAUGUGAACUAUGCUUCUGGACUGGACUAAUUCUCCUAAGAUCAUCUACAAAUCUACAGCUUUUUCAGUCAAGCUUCUUUCUGUUUGCUGUCAGUUAUGCCACAUUUCUGAGGGCUGACAUAGUCAGCUCUGAGUACUGUUCUCUGGCACAGCUGGAAUCAACACAGUAUGAUAGCCUCUCUCUUUUAAAUGAGUAAGCAUUUGCAGUUACUGUGUUUUGUAUUAGGUAAAUGCAGGUGCUGGAUAAUGGGAGCUUCUUUGUUAGACUUUAAUUCUAACUGGUAGCUUUUACUAUAUGAGGACACGUCAGUGACCUCUUUGAAGUGAAUUUAGCUUAUAACAACACAUAGGUGUUUGCCUUGCAGGCAUCAGAAUUGUCAUUGCCAAAGAGUGUGAUACUUCUGUAGUAAUGUGACCCACACAUGUCCCUUAAAUCUUGAAUCACAAUGGCUCUGAUUAAAUAUAAUGCCUGCUUUUUAAUAAUUUCAGUAUCAAACUAAAGAGGAUCUACAGGUAUGUCAAGUUACAAGAAUGGGCACAAUUUUUUUUCCCAGUUGCCUGAUUUUAUCUUUUUCUCCUGUUCCACAGACAGCAGCAGAGCAGUAGAAUAGAAGCAUCCUAAAAAUCAUUGAAUCUUACAAGGCCACUGUGGAAUAAUAUAUUGAUAAGCUCCCACUGUUUCAAAUGGAAAAAUGUUAGAUUUUAUAUUCAAGGUUUGGUCUAUAUUUCAGUCAAAAUAGGUAAUACAUUGGAAAGGCUUUGCUUUGCAUAAGUAGAGAUUUUUGAUAACUGGGAAUUUUGAAGCCACUUUUGACUAGCCUUUUGACUACAGUACUGAAGUAUUUUUGGGUGGAGAUUAGUUCAUAAAUUUCAAAGCACUCAACACUUUUAUAAUCUCUAAAAACACUCUACCAAACACAAGCACUUGUCUUUGUAUGUCAUACCAUAUAAAAGUUAACAGAAUAAGGUGGGAAUAAGCCUAAUUAAGCUUGUGAGAUGAGACUUUUUAUAAGGCAGUGAUAAUACCCAUGUUUCUGCUGUUUGGAUGCAGAAUUUCCCAUCUGGUGGAGUAAACAGCUGAGCAAGAAUAAUGUAGAUGGAUUCUAAUCCUCUCUCAGUGUUCAGAGAAUGGUGUUGUCUGAGCUGAACACAAAAGUGGUUCAUAAACACCCACCCAAUCCACUCUAGCUCUCCUCCCCAUUUUCCAAGAGAUCUGUUUGCUUCCUAAGGCUUUUCCCUCCUCACAUUUUAUACCUGCUGCUUGUUCCCUGCAUGCAGUGUUCCUGGGCUCCAUGGUAACAUUUUUCUCCCUCUUGGACACACCUUGGAUUCUGUCAGGCUGGUCACAGGUGUUGUUAAAACAGGGGAAGUGCAGGAGGGAAAUGCUCGCAGGGAGAACAGGCACCGGCCUCUCCUUUCUGCUGUGUGAGCCAGGGCCCAUACAGGCUUGCCUUUCAAAGCAGAUGCCAUCCUUGCUGCUGAGCCAGAAUUCCCCUGAAAAUGACUGUCCACAGGUGAAAUACACCUGGGUUUAGUUGUUUUCUGGAAGGCUACAUCAUCACUUUCAUGUGGCCAGUUUGAAAAUAAAGCAAACCAGAAUGGUAACUGCGUAGCUCUUGGCACUAACCUGUACUUUAAACUGGUUCAUUACCUCAGUGUCUUGCACACCCAGCAGGUGGAGAUAAUGAAGUAACUCAUGAAACUUUGUUUUUAACUGCACAGAGGCUUCAAGUGGGACAGGUAUGAUUUCCAGAAGGAAUGAUAUUGUUCCCCUGCUGUUACCCUAAAUUAGAAUGUGCUGUUCAAAUCGAAGCCUCACCUAUUUUGCUGUUUUAUUUGCUUCUUUUUGGUAAAUGUGUAUUAUUGGGCUCUCCGUAGCAGAGUUAAAAGUCAGCUUCACUAACUUCAUCAGAGAUAUUUCUUAAAAAGAUAAAAGUGCACCGCUCAGUUGUACCAAGAAGUUCACUUCCAAGAAAAUCACUGCUGCUUCUCACAUGUAGGUCAGACUGCUUGAAAAGGGGCACUGUGAAGAUGCACAGUUACGGAACUGAGGGUGCGUGGAAAUCUGUGCAGAUGCACUCAACAGAGCAGCCCGUUGUCCACCAGCCUCCCUCUUAAAAGCCUGGGGACUGCAGGCAGCUGCCCAGGCAGAGCUUGACUAGUGGCAUGUACAGCCUUCAUCAGUGAUGGGAGGUAAACUAUUUUUGUCUUACCUGAUUCCAAGGAAGUAGCUGUUUCUGAGAAGGGUACAAGCCACAAAAAUCCAUAGUGAAUUUGUGUUUUGUGCCAGUAUGGUAACUUUUAAAAAUAGUACAUGACAGCAAAACCCUCUUUUCUUCUGUAACAGGAUUGUGAUUAAAAAUGUCAGUGUCAAGUAGUGACUGACUACUGGGGGUGUCUCAUGGAUGGAUUUCCUGUUGGAACAGACUGUGGUGAAGUGUCAGCACCGUGCUGCUUUUCCAGUGGCAUUUAUGACUGUGCUACAGCCUUAUGUGCUACAGCCUCUUUAACUACCCUAGCCCAGGCAGUUAUGGCUGUUCCCUCAUGCCAGCUGGAUUAAUGGGUGUUUAUACUUUCUGAGCACAUCACAGCCUUUUUCCCUUUUCCUCCUGCUGCUUUCAUGUUCAUGUUCCCCCACGCAAUUCCAUGUUUAUGUGUAGCUGUAGAUCUUCACCCAUUCAGACAGACACCUUCAGGUGAUGACUGGCAAGUAAACCCAAACUAGCAUCUCAGGCUUUCCUCAGCCUUCCUGAAUGAUAGGAAUUUUCCAAACUACCUUAAGCGAUACUACAGACAAGAAAAUAAUCUCAUUACCAAGGAUAUUGUUCUGUGUUUUGUGGCUCCUAAUGUAUUCCAGGGACAACCUUGUUGAAGGAAGAGAUUUUCCUGGCACAACAAAAAAAUUUCUCAAAUCAGCUGCAGCUGCCAGAUAGUUCUAGCUUUGAAUUGUUUGCAUUUAUUGGGCCUGGAGUUGGUUCAGUGAGGCAUUUCAUGUCUUCCUUCUGUCAACAGUUUGUGAAGCCUUGAAGCAACUCCAAUGAACAUUCCCUCCCCCACGCAAAUUAAAGGCAAGGCUGUGGCAGCUGUAACCAGAGGGCUGGAAGCUGGAAAAUGUCACACCACAUUUGAAAUGAAACUGAUAUAAAUCCAUGAUGUGAUUACCUUGUAAAAAAAAACCAAUUCCAAACAAAUGCAAACUACAUUUAACACUCAACCUUUCCCACAUGAGUAAUGUGGAGAGAAAGGAUAUGUGGAAGGAUAUUUUGAAGGCCAGUAAGUGUUUGUGUAGCUAAUAGCUCUUGAUGUUAAGUAUUAACAAACAGUUGCUCACUAACAAAAUAUCAAACAGUUGCUCGUGCUGAAACAUAAACAGCUUUUAAGAAACACCUAACUGGAAAGCUGAAUCAGGAAGCAAAUUGGCUCAGCUAAAAAGUCUGUCACAGAGGAAAAGGAGGAUUAAGAAGGGAAAAUGUGCUUCUGAACAGAAUAGCAUAAAGAUGCCUGAACCAUGGAAGCUUGCUGCUCUUGCUGCAGUGUGAUGAGAAGGAGGUCACCACCACAAGCCCUCCAUUGAUCCAUGGAGGUUUUUCAUGUUCUCUAAUAACUAAUUUGUUGCAGACAAAUUUGUAUAACAAAAGUGCAGACAAUGAGUUCUGCUGGAAGGCAGUGUUUGGCCAGACUUAGCGGGUAGCCCCUCUGGGUAUCUACUAAAUAUUAAGUGCUGCAUGGUUGGACAUUUUGCUGUUGUUUGGGGUCAUUUUAUUGUCUCUUAGGGUGAAGUCUUUGCUUUUAUGCUGUAGAGUCUGAAGGUUCAACUUCACGCUGCCUUAAGUGUACAUAUGGAGAAAACCUCACAAUCUAAUGGUGAAGCUGGAAGGGUUCAGGCUACUGAGACAUCACCUAGAGUAGUGUUUCUACAGUUUUGUGGGUCAGCCUCCCUUUUGAGCCCCUCUGAUUACCAUUUCCCUCUGCUCAGAGGGUGAGAAGUUCCUCCACAUUAGAAGGAAGAAAAAGAGGUUGUAACUGCUGCAAGUAUUUUCAUUCUCUGGGGAAAAGGUAACUAGCUACCUAUAAUUACUGGCAGCAGCCAGGCAAUUAGCUGUUCUCUGAGUAGUAUAAACAUUUUAUGAGCAUCUCUGAACUCAGAAUCCCUUUGAGAAUCCCCUUGAGAUAGAAGCAUCACAAUUGGAGGAAACACAGAUCUAAAGACGAGGAAAAUUGAGGAAAAGCAUCUGCACAAAAAACACAGCUACAACCUUCAAUCUGGCAUUGUGAUGGGAAUCUUUAUUUGUUUCUGGAGUUCUUAAAGUUAUUUUAGGCUUUGUAAGAGGUUUCACCGGUUGCGCUAUAAAAAUAUUGUUAUAUCUCUAGACUGAGUCAGAGAGAGCAUAAUCAAUAAUGAUGGAGUUAUCCUAUGACUUUCAUUCUGUCUUCAACUUGUUGGUUGUGAUUAGCUCAUAGUCUUUCCAUUCUUCAUCCACUCCAAAGAAGAGUGUGUUUAUGUAGUGUAGGGGCUUUUUCUGCUAUGAAUUAAGGCAAAUUUCAAGAUUCAUGAUGUAGCAGACACAUUGCUGCAUAUGAUGUUCAUUCUGUAAAGACAUUGCAGUCAUGAUCAUCUGUAAAAGAGAUUCUCUGCUGUGCAUUCAGAGGUUUAUCUGUUUUGGUGAGUGUGGCCCUCUGAGGAAUUACAUUUGUGCAAGGCAUGCCUGGUCAUUCCCGAUUCUCAUUCAUUAGGCUGAGUCAACUUCAGUCUCUUGUUCUGGAAAUGCAAGUUUUUGUGUAUGCAGGGUUUCUGGUGAGAGCCUGCCACCAAGUUCCAUCAGCAGUAGGCUGCACAGAUGGAAGGCUGCCUGGUCAGCUUUUGCAGGUGGUGAUCAUCUGUUACAUGUAGCAUAAGGAGACAUGAGUAACAGUAAUUGUAAAAAUCAGUUGGAUUUAACAACUUUGGGUUGGCUGGGACUCAAUGACCUCUUGUAGGAUCUGGAAGUUAGGACCUAGCCUGCUUACUCACCUGCAGCACACCUGAGGCGAAGCUGAUCCUUGGUACUUACUUUUUAAUGGGGAAUCUCCUCUCCUAAAAUGAGAAAGGUUUUGGCCUUUCAGCUGCAUGGAACACAGUUUUAUCACAAGGAAGUUAAGCAGUCAGUGAUGGAUCCUUGGGACACAAACUGUGUUUUUCCUAAUUGAUAUUUUCUUUGUAAUUAGACAUAGUCCACAUAAAAAAAGUCUGCUGCAUUUUUACAAUAUUCUAGCAUGUUUUUUCUCAACACCUUUGUACCCUUAGCAAUUUGGCAAGUUUAAAAAUAGCAAGCACAUAGAAUAUUGCUUCAUGAAUGACUCCAACUCAGCAAAGGUUUCCUUGCUGUAGUGUAUAAAUUAGCCAAAGAGGUAACAGCUCAGAGGCAAAGCUUGGAGCUUAUGCAGUAUAAAGGGAGGCUCUCCCAGCUGGAGAAAUUAUCCUUUUAACUGCUGAUUUGUCACAUGUAGGGCAGCUGUGUGAUUUUUAUACAAGUGUACUUAAAAGAAUAUAAGGGAUUCCUCAAAAAUAUCUACAACCAGUAGCCUGCUAUAGUAAUAGCCACCAUGUCUUACAGUUACAUCAUCUUCUAACAUUUGCUGUGAAUAAGCAAAGAUAAAAUUCUGUUCUUCUCUAAGGGAAAAGAAAAGCUACUUUGGAGUUUGAAAUAAUGAACUAAACAAGAUUACAUGAGCUAAAGAAAUAGAAUUAAUUGCCAUCUCUAAUGAUCGGAGUGACUGGACUUUCCAUCCUAUAUCUGAAAUAACUAAGCAGAAAAGAGGGUGAGUGAGUGUGUUUGCUGCUGCGGUGCAGUUUCCUGAGGUGAUGAGGUGAUGAUGUGAGGCCAGUACUGAAACAUGACUUUUAAUCCAUUCUUCAUUCCGAUGAGGGCUUGUUCUGGCCCACCAGCAACUUCACUGCUUGCUUAUCGAUGCUGGAAUUGAGGCUCUCUGCCUCCUUUUCCUGCUCGGGGACGCAGGUGCAGCCCACGGGGAUGGUGAUGUAAUCCUCGGUGUAGACGUAGCGGCCGCCGGCGCAGGCGGGCGUGCGGCGCAGGAUGACGGUGGGCAUGAACACGGGCGUGCUGCGGAACUGCAGGCUCUCCUCGCCAAAGAGCCCCAUCAGGCAGCCUUUGCACAGGCAGUAGGCUUCGGGAAUGUACUUGGGGUAUCUCGUGGGGUCAUAGGAGAUCCUAGGGGGAGGCAAGUAAAGAUUCAUUAGUGCCUCUACAACAUAUAUAUUCAUCUGGAAUUAUAUCGUCUUACAUAUUAUUAUAAUUAUUAUAGCAUUAUAAUGAUUAUAUCAUGGGGUUUUUGUCUUCGCCCGGAAAAAUAGCUGUAGCUAUUGCUGUCUGGCUUCUAAUUUGUAAGGUGUAUGUAAAGAAAAAAUCAUGAACAGGUUACAGAACUGAUUAGGUCCUACGGUGCACAUGGAAGUGUCUGGCUUUCUGAAUUGUGAGAUUCAAGGGUUUAAACAGAAUGAGUUUUGCAUUUUGGACCAAAUGGGUAAACAGAGCAUUAAAAAGGACACUUGGGCAUUUCUAAACUUUUUAUCUGCCUUGAGUUCUUCAAAAACUGGUACAAAUCCUUGUUAACAUUAUUAUUGUUAAAGCCAUGACAUGAUGUUUUAAAAUUUAGUAAUUUAAAUAAAAUUGAAUUGUACUAUUA